AUGGCUGGCAGGAAAUGCGUCAUCGGGCACCUCAGCGCCCUCGGGUGGACCUGUGAGCAAGCCGCCGGAUGCCUGGUGGAAGGCAUCACCUGUUUGUCGGGUGCCUUGGCAGAUAAUCAGCCUUUGUCACGCCGGGCCUUCGGCAAGAAAUUUGGUGGCAUUGAAGGAGGACAGAGCAAGGAUGCGAGGCUAGGCUUGCCAAAAAUAGUGAGUGUGCUGACCGGGCUCAAAGAUGCCCUGCAGCAGUGCCGGGUGCCCACUUUGCAGAGCUGGCACGGAGAGUGCCGGGAACUUGGAUCGUGCCGGCAUUUAAUGCCACAUUCCUUCCUCAAACUGUACCAUAUCGGAGUGCCGCUGGGCAUGCUCCUGUUCCAAGGGAGAUCCGGUUUCACUCCUGACGCAGGUUGCGCCAAGGGGGUGGGACCGAACCCCAUGGCUGGCGUCAGCCACGGAGCUCCAGAAACGAACAAGAUGCGCACGGCUGUGCUUUUCUUCGGCGUCAAGUCAGAAAGGGUUUUCUGCUGGCUCUCGGAGCCCAGAGCAGACUUGCACACCCUUGGCGAGGAGAAGAUUGCGCGGGUUUGGCACCAGAGAGACCAGCCGUGCCCGUUCAUCACGCCUGAUACCAAGAGACCGAAAAAAUGGAAAAAACCGAGGCCUCUUAACUUGACGAUCCCGCCUGUCAAUAAACAGACUCCUGUCCCCCCGACGCCUCCAAGGAAUUUGGAUUCCAGGACUUUUAUUACCGUUGGUGAGAAAAACUUUGAAGUAGAGGCCGAUGACUUGGUAAGCAUUCAGGAGCUCGGACGGGGCGCUUAUGGCGUGGUGGAGAAGGUGUGGCAUGAGCAGAGUGGGACCACCAUGGCCGUGAAGAGAAUCCGGGCCACCGUGAACACACAGGAGCAGAAGAGGCUGUUGAUGGACUUGGACAUCUCUAUGAGGACGGUCGAUUGUUUCUACACUGUAACUUUCUACGGCGCCCUUUUUCGAGAGGGAGAUGUGUGGAUCUGCAUGGAACUGAUGGACACAUCUCUGGAUAAGUUCUACAAAAAGGUCCUGGAGAAGAAGAAAACGAUCCCAGAAGACAUCCUUGGGAAAAUCGCUGUGUCUAUCAUCCGAGCCCUAGAACAUCUGCACAGCAAACUAGCGGUGAUUCACAGAGACGUGAAGCCCUCCAACGUCCUCAUCAACAAGGAAGGGCACGUGAAGAUGUGUGACUUUGGCAUCAGCGGUUACUUGGUGGAUUCCGUGGCAAAGACGUUGGACGCCGGCUGCAAGCCGUAUAUGGCGCCAGAGAGGAUAAACCCGGGGCCAGAUGGGAUCCAAAAGGGAUACAACGUGAAAUCAGACGUCUGGAGCUUCGGGAUUACCUUGAUCGAGUUGGCCAUCCUCCGCUUCCCUUACGACUCCUGGAGGACCCCCUUCCAGCAACUGAAGCAAGUGGUGGAGGAACCCUCUCCUCAGCUUCCCACCGAUCGCUUCUCAAAGGACUUCGUGGACUUCACAGCACAGUGUUUGAAGAAGAAUCCUUCAGAACGAAUGAGCUACCUGGAGCUGAUGGCCCACCCGUUUUUCACCUUGCAUGACACCAAAGUGACCAACAUGGCUGCCUUUGUGGUAGAAAUCCUCGGAGAAGACUCUUAAAAAUUU